UUUAUAUCUAUAUAUGUAUAUAUAAUAUAAUGUUUCCACAAAUAGUAUUUUCCAAAUCUCAUAUUGCAGCACAUCAGUGACUGAACCCACCGUCACCACACCACACCACACCAACAACGUAGACAGUGACGGACCAAUCCCUGUUUACGAUGAUGUGUUUCAGUGCUGGAAAAUUGAACCAAGGAGACCAUAUUUCCGUUAAAUGUUUCUCACAGGUAGUGUUGUCGUGAAUUGUUGGCUGGACGAGCUCCUUUGCAAUCAUGAGUUUUGUCUUCCGAGGUAGUAGGGGAGAUAUUGAAAGUGGCUUUUCAGAAUAUGUUCCUGAAAGAACCUUGAUGCGGGUUCAUCCAGCUCGCCCAGUUAAUGGGAAUUCUCUAGCUUUUCUUAUCACAGUUAUUUUGAUAUUCAUGAUAUUAAACUCCCCUCAGAUGUUACAUCAUUUUUUGCUCUGGGUUGUACUGGCUAUCUUUGUGAUGGCUACAAGUCUGAGGAUGUAUGCAACUUGUCAACAGCUUCAAGCACAGGCUAGGGCUCAUGCUGCAGCAGCCUCUGGGUUGCUUGGCCAUACUGAACUCCGUCUUCACAUGCCACCAUCUAUUGCAAUUGCGACCAGAGGAAGAUUGCAGGGACUUAGACUUCAACUUGCACUCCUUGACCGUGAAUUUGAUGAGCUAGAUUAUGAAACUUUGAGAGCUCUUGACACUGAUACUGCUCCUAGUACUCGUUCAAUGACUGAGGAAGAGAUAAAUGCUUUGCCUAUUCACACUUAUAAAGUUCCAGUCCCACCAAAGGAUGGCUCUGCCGGUCUGGCAUCCUCUUCAGGUGCAGCUGAGAUUAAACAAGAAUCUGGAGGAACAGAGGCAGGUAUCAGAGGUUCAGAAGAUGAGCUGACAUGUACUAUAUGCUUGGACCAAGUUAAGAGGGGGGAGCUUGUUCGUAGCUUACCAUGCUUGCAUCAGUUUCAUGCCAAUUGCAUUGAUCCAUGGCUCCGGCAACAAGGAACAUGUCCUGUGUGCAAAUUAAGGAUAGGGUCGGGAAGUGGGGGAAGCAGGGAGAGCGAAUCCGAUGGUUCAGAUAUUGCGUAAUCUGAUGGUUUAGAUAUGGCUGUAAAAUGCAUAAUGUGAUGCCUUGAAGUGUAUGUUCAUGGAAACAAGUAUAUAUAUGUAUAUAUUAUUCUGUAUUGGCGUAUAUAAUGAGCUUGGCAAUGAGUAUAUGAUUGUAUUCUAGUCCAUGUUCACUUAUCCCGAGAAUUCUUACUGAGACAUGUGUAUCUCUUGAUAUAUAAAUACGCAUUACAAAUUUAUAUUG